UCAAACUGGAACGAUGUCGCGGCACCAGAACCAGAACACCAUCCAGGAGCUGCUGCAGAACUGCUCCGACUGCUUGAUGCGCGCAGAGCUGAUUGUGCAGCCGGAACUGAAAUACGGAGAUGGGAUACAGCUGGCUCGGAGCAGAGAAUUGGACGAGUAUUUUGCUCAGGCCAACGACCACAUGGAAAUUGCUGACAGCUUGGUCAGAGAAAUGCGGCAGAUGGGCCAGCCCUGCGAUGCUUAUCAGAAAAGGCUGCUUCAGCUCCAGGAGCAAAUGCGAGCCCUGUACAAGGCCAUUAGUGCCCCUCGAGCCCGAAGGGCCAGCUCCAAGGGCGGAGGAGGAUACACUUGUCAGAGCGGCUCCGGCUGGGACGAGUUCACCAAGCGCCUCACCAGCGAGUGCUUGGGGUGGAUGCGGCAGCAAAGGGCGGAGAUGGACCUGGUGGCCUGGGGUGUGGACCCGGGCUCGGUGGAGCAGCACAUCAACAGCCACAGAGUCAUCCACAACGCCAUCGGAGACUACCGCUGGCAGCUGGACAAAAUUAAAGCCGACCUGCGUGAGAAGUCUGCCAUCUACCAGCUGGAGGAGGAGUAUGAAAACCUGCUGAAAGCGUCCUUUGAGAGGAUGGACCACCUGCGCCAGCUGCAGAGCAUCAUCCAGGCCACGUCCCGAGAGAUCAUGUGGAUCAACGACUGUGAGGAGGAGGAGCUGCUCUACGACUGGAGCGAUAGGAACACCAACAUUGCCCAGAAACAGGAGGCCUUCUCUAUACGUAUGAGUCAGCUGGAGGUCAAGGAAAAGGAGCUCAAUAAGCUGAAACAAGAAAGUGACCAACUCGUCCUCAAUCAGCACCCAGCUUCGGACAAGAUCGAGGCCUACAUGGACACUCUUCAGACGCAGUGGAGCUGGAUUCUUCAGAUCACCAAAUGCAUCGAUGUUCAUCUCAAAGAGAACGCAGCCUAUUUUCAGUUUUUUGAAGAGGCUCAUUCGACAGAAGCGUACCUGAAGGGCCUCCAGGACUCCAUCAGGAAGAAGUACCCCUGCGACAAGAACAUGCCGCUGCAGCACCUGCUGGAACAGAUCAAAGAGCUGGAGAAAGAACGAGAGAAAAUCCUUGAAUAUAAGCGUCAGGUGCAGAACUUGGUAAACAAGUCCAAGAAGAUUGUACAACUGAAACCGCGUAACCCCGACUACAGGAGCAAUAAACCCAUCAUUCUCCGGGCCCUCUGUGACUACAAGCAAGACCAGAAAAUCGUGCACAAGGGGGACGAGUGCAUCCUGAAGGACAACAAUGAGCGCAGCAAGUGGUACGUGACGGGCCCGGGCGGCGUGGACAUGCUCGUGCCUUCCGUCAGCCUGAUCAUUCCUCCUCCCAACCCGCUGGCCGUGGACCUCUCUGGCAAGAUCGAGCAGUACUACGAGGCCAUCCUGGCCCUGUGGAACCAGCUGUACAUCAACAUGAAGAGCCUGGUGUCCUGGCACUACUGCAUGAUUGACAUCGAGAAAAUCAGAGCCAUGACCAUCGCCAAGCUGAAGACCAUGCGGCAGGAGGAUUACAUGAAGACGAUAUCCGACCUGGAGCUGCAUUACCAAGAGUUCAUCAGAAACAGCCAAGGCUCCGAGAUGUUUGGGGAUGACGACAAGCGCAAGAUCCAGUCUCAGUUCACCGACGCCCAGAAGCAUUACCAGACCCUGGUCAUUCAGCUCCCAGGCCACCCCCAGCACCAGACCAUAACCACGACUGAAAUCACCCAUCACGGUACCUGCCAGGAUGUCAACCACAAUAAAGUCAUUGAAACCAACAGAGAGAAUGACAAGCAGGAGACCUGGAUGCUGAUGGAGCUCCAGAAGAUCCGCAGGCAGAUGGAGCUCUGCGAGAGCAGGAUGGCCCUGAAAAACCUCCUUCAGGCUGACCACGGGUCCUCUCACCACAUCACGGUGAAAAUCAACGAGCUCAAGAGUGUGCAGAAUGAUUCACAAGCGCUCGCUGAAGUUCUCAACCAGCUUAAAGAUAUGCUUGCUAACUUCAGAGGCUCAGAAAAGUACUGCUACUUACAGAACGAAGUGUUUGGACUGUUUCAAAAACUGGAGAAUAUCAAUGGUGUUACAGAUGGCUACUUGAACAGCCUGUGCACAGUAAGGGCACUGCUGCAGGCCAUCCUCCAGACCGAGGAUAUGCUGAAGGUUUAUGAAGCCAGACUCACGGAGGAGGAAACAGUUUACCUGGACCUGGACAAAGUGGAAGCUUACCGCUGUGGACUGAAGAAAAUAAAAAACGACCUGAACUUGAAGAAAUCGUUGUUGGCCACCAUGAAGACAGAGCUGCAGAAAGCGCAGCAGAUCCACUCACAGACCUCACAGCAGUACCCACUGUACGACCUGGAUCUGGGCAAGUUCAGUGAGAAAGUCACGCAGCUGACAGACCGCUGGCAAAGGAUCGACAAACAGAUCGACUACAGAUUAUGGGACCUGGAGAAACAAAUCAAACAACUGAGGAAUUAUCGCGAUAACUAUCAGGCUUUCUGCAAGUGGCUCUAUGAUGCCAAGCGACGCCAGGAUUCUUUGGAAUCCAUGAAGUUCGGAGAUUCUAACACAGUCAUGCGGUUUUUGAAUGAGCAGAAGAACUUGCACAAUGAAAUAUCAGGCAAACGAGACAAAUCAGAAGAAGUACAAAAAAUUGCUGAACUUUGUGCAAAUUCAAUUAAGGAUUAUGAACUCCAGCUGGCAUCCUACACCUCUGGACUAGAAACUCUACUGAACAUACCUAUCAAGAGAACCAUGGUUCAAUCCCCUUCUGGAGUGAUUCUGCAAGAGGCUGCAGAUAUUCAUGCUCGGUACAUAGAACUACUGACAAGGUCUGGAGAUUAUUACAGAUUCUUAAGUGAGAUGCUAAAGAGUUUGGAAGAUCUGAAGCUGAAAAAUACCAAGAUUGAAGUUUUGGAAGAGGAGCUCAGACUGGCUCGAGAUGCCAACUCGGAAAACUGCAAUAAGAACAAAUUCCUGGAUCAGAACCUGCAGAAGUACCAGGCAGAGUGUUCCCAGUUCAAAGCUAAACUUUCGAGCCUGGAGGAGCUGAAGAGACAAGCUGAGCUGGAUGGAAAGUCAGCGAAGCAAAACCUAGACAAGUGCUACGGCCAAAUCAAGGAACUCAACGAGAAGAUCACCCGGCUGACUUACGAGAUCGAGGAUGAGAAGAGAAGGAGAAAGACAGUGGAGGACAGAUUUGACCAGCAGAAGAACGACUACGACCAACUGCAGAAAGCAAGGCAAUGUGAGAAGGAGAGCCUUGGUUGGCAGAAACUAGAGUCUGAGAAAGCCAUCAAGGAGAAGGAGUAUGAGAUAGAAAGGUUGAGGGUUCUCCUGCAGGAGGAAGGCGCCCGGAAGAGAGAAUAUGAAAAUGAGCUGGCAAAGGUAAGAAACCACUAUAAUGAGGAGAUGAGUAAUUUAAGGAACAAGUAUGAAACAGAGAUUAACAUUACGAAGACCACCAUCAAGGAGAUAUCCAUGCAAAAAGAGGAUGAUUCCAAAAAUCUUAGAAACCAGCUGGAUCGACUCUGCAGGGAAAAUCGAGAUCUAAAGGAGGAAAUCGUCAGGCUCAACGACAGCAUCUUGCAGGCCACGGAGCAGCGCAGGCGGGCUGAAGAAAACGUCCUUCAGCAGAAGGCCUGUGGCUCCGAGGCCAUGGAGAAGAAGCAGCGCCUGGAGAUAGAGCUGAAGCAGGUCAUCCAGCAGCGCUCGGAGGACAAUGCCAGGCACAAGCAGUCCCUGGAGGAGGCUGCCAAGACCAUUCAGGACAAAAACAAGGAGAUCGAAAGACUCAAAACUGAGUACCAGGAGGAGGCCAAGCGCCGCUGGGAAUACGAAAAUGAACUGGGUAAGGUAAGGAACAGUUACGAUGAGGAGAUCAUUAGCUUAAAGAACCAGUUCGAGACUGAAAUCAACAUCACCAAAGCCACCAUCCACCAGCUCACCAUGCAGAAGGAAGAGGACACCAGCGGCUACCGAGCCCAGAUCGACACUCUCACCCGAGAGAACAGGAGCCUAACUGAGGAAAUCAAGAGGCUGAAGAACACGCUCACCCAGACCACCGAGAAUCUCAGGAGGGUUGAAGAGAACGCUCAACAGCAGAAGGCCACCGGCUCCGAGGUGGCUCAGAGGAAACAGCAGCUGGAGGUCGAGCUGAGACAGGUCACUCAGAUGCGAACGGAAGAGAGCGUGAGGUAUAAGCAGUCUCUGGAUGAUGCCGCCAAAACGAUCCAGGAUAAAAACAAGGAGAUCGAGCGGCUCAAACAACUGAUCGAGAAAGAAACGAGUGAGCGCAAGUGCCUGGAAGACGAGAAUGCGAAACUGCAGCGGGCCCAGUACGAUCUGCAGAAAGCAAACAGCUGCGCCACUGAGACCAUAAGCAAGCUGAAGGUUCAGGAACAGGAGCUGGUGCGCCUGAGAAUCGAUUAUGAAAGGGUUUCCCAGGAGAGGACUGUGAAGGACCAGGAUAUCACACGAUUCCAAAGCUCUCUGAAGGAGCUGCAGUUGCAGAAGCAGAAAGUGGAGGAGGAGCUCAAUCGCCUCAAGAGGACGGCCUCUGAGGACUCUUCCAAACGCAAGAAGCUGGAGGAGGAGCUGGAAGGUAUGAGGCGCUCGCUGAAAGAGCAAGCCAUCAAAAUCACCAGCCUGACCCAGCAGCUGGAGCAGGCGACCAUCAUUAAGAAGAGGAGCGAGGACGACCUCCGGCAGCAGAGGGACGUGCUGGACGGCCACCUGCGGGACAAGCAGAGGACUCAGGAAGAGCUGAGGAGGCUGUCCUCGGAGGUCGAGGCUCUCAGGCGGCAGUUGCUCCAGGAACAGGAAAAUGUCAAGCAGGCUCACGUGAGGAAUGAGCAUUUCCAGAAGGCGAUCGAAGAUAAAAGCAGGAGCUUGAAUGAAAGCAAAAUCGAAAUCGAGAGGCUGCAGUGUCUCACAGAGAACCUGACCAAGGAGCACUUGAUGUUGGAAGAAGAGCUGCGAAACCUGAGGCUGGAAUAUGACGACCUGAGAAAGAACCGGAGCGAAGUGGAUAAUGACAAAAACGCCACCAUCUCGGAACUAAGGAGCCAGCUGCAGAUCAGCAACAACCGAACUUUGGAACUGCAGGGGCUGAUUAAUGAUUUACAGAGAGAAAGGGAAAAUUUGAGACAGGAAAUUGAGAGAUUCCAAAAGCAGGCGUUAGAGGCAUCUAAUAGGAUUCAGGAAUCAAAGACUCAGUGCACUCAGGUGGUGCAGGAAAGGGAGAGUCUUCUGAUGAAGAUCAAGGUUCUGGAGCAAGACAAGACGAGGCUUCAGAGGCUGGAGGAUGAGCUGAAUCGUGCAAAAGCGACUCUGGAGGCAGAAAGCAGGGUGAAGCAGCGCCUGGAGUGUGAGAAACAGCAGAUCCAGAAUGACCUGAACCAGUGGAAAACUCAGUAUUCUCGCAAGGAGGAGGCUAUUCGGAAGAUAGAGUCAGAAAGAGAAAAGAGUGAGAGAGAGAAGAACAGCCUUAGGAGCGAGAUCGAGAGACUCCAGGCAGAGAUCAAGAGGAUCGAAGAGAGGUGUAGGCGGAAGUUGGAGGAUUCUAGCAGGGAGACACAGUCACAGUUGGAGACAGAGCGUUGUCGACUUCAGAGGGAGAUUGAUAAACUCAGACAGCGUCCAUACGGGUCCCAUCGGGAGACCCAGACUGAGUAUGAAUGGACUGUCGACUCUUCCACGCUGGUGUUUGAUGGCCUGAGGAAGAAGGUGACCGCCAUGCAGCUCUAUGAGUGCCAGCUGAUUGACAAGAGCACCUUGGACAAAUUAUUGAAGGGGAAAAAGUCGGUGGAAGAAGUUGCUUCUGAAAUCCAGCCUUUCCUUCGGGGCGCAGGAGCUAUCGCUGGCGCUUCUGCUUCUCCUAAGGAAAAGUAUUCUUUGGUAGAGGCCAAGAGAAAGAAAUUUAUCACUCCAGAAUCCACAGUCAUGCUUCUGGAGGCCCAGGCAGCUACAGGUGGUAUAAUCGAUCCCCAUCGGAAUGAGAAGCUGACCGUCGACAACGCCAUCGCGCGGGACCUCAUCGAUUUUGAUGACCGUCAGCAGAUAUAUACGGCUGAAAAAGCCAUUACUGGUUUUGAUGAUCCAUUUUCAGGCAAGACGGUAUCCGUGUCGGAAGCCAUCAAGAAAAACUUGAUUGAUAGGGAGACCGGAAUGCGCCUGCUGGAAGCACAGAUCGCUUCAGGGGGCGUAGUAGACCCCGUGAAUAGUGUCUUUUUGCCAAAAGAUGUUGCCUUGGCUCGUGGGCUGAUUGACAGGGAUUUAUAUCGGUCCCUGAAUGAUCCCAGAGAUAGCCAGAAGAACUUUGUGGACCCAGUCACCAAAAAGAAGGUCAGUUACAUGCAGCUGAGGGAGCGGUGCAGAAUCGAACCACACACUGGUUUGCUUUUGCUCUCAGUCCAGAAGAGAAGCAUGUCCUUCCAAGGAAUCAGACAGCCUGUGACCGUCACUGAGCUGGUCGAUUCUGGUAUUUUGAGACCAUCCACUGUAAAUGAACUGGAAACAGGUCAGAUUUCUUACGAUGAGGUCGGUGAGAGGAUUAAGGACUUCCUUCAGGGCUCGAGCUGCAUAGCAGGCAUAUACAAUGAAACCACCAAGCAGAAGCUUGGCAUUUAUGAGGCCAUGAAAAUUGGCUUGGUCCGACCUGGUACUGCUCUGGAGUUGCUAGAAGCCCAAGCAGCUACUGGCUUUAUCGUGGAUCCUGUUAGCAACUUGAGGUUACCGGUGGAGGAAGCCUAUAAAAGAGGUCUGGUGGGCAUUGAGUUCAAAGAGAAGCUCUUGUCUGCAGAGCGAGCUGUCACUGGGUAUAACGAUCCUGAAACCGGAAACAUCAUCUCUUUGUUUCAAGCCAUGAACAAGGAACUCAUCGAAAAGGGCCAUGGUAUUCGCUUACUGGAAGCCCAGAUUGCCACCGGUGGGAUCAUCGACCCGAAAGAGAGCCAUCGUUUACCCGUUAACAUGGCGUACAAGAGGGGUUAUUUUAAUGAGGAACUCAACGAGAUCCUGUCAGAUCCGAGUGAUGAUACCAAAGGCUUUUUUGACCCCAACACUGAAGAAAAUCUUACCUAUCUGCAACUCAAAGAAAGAUGCAUUAAGGAUGAGGAAACGGGGCUCUGUCUUCUGCCCCUGAAAGAAAAGAAGAAACAGAUACAGACGUCACAAAAGAAUACCCUCAGGAAGCGCAGAGUGGUCAUAGUUGACCCGGAAACCAACAAGGAGAUGUCCGUUCAGGAGGCCUACAAGAAGGGCCUCAUUGAUUAUGAAACCUUCAAAGAACUGUGUGAGCAGGAAUGCGAGUGGGAGGAGAUAACCAUCACGGGGUCAGAUGGCUCCACCAGGGUAGUCCUCGUCGACAGGAAGACAGGCAGUCAGUAUGAUAUCCAAGACGCUAUUGACAAGGGUCUUGUAGACAGGAAGUUCUUUGACCAGUAUCGAUCCGGCAGCCUCAGCCUCACUCAGUUUGCCGACAUGAUCUCCUUGAAAAAUGGUGUCAGUAACAGCAGUGGCCUGGGUGGAAGUGUCAAUGAUGAUGUUUUCAGCAGCUCCCGACAUGAAUCAGUCAGUAAGAUUUCCACCAUAUCCAGUGUUCGGAAUUUAACCAUUAGGAGCAGCUCUCUGUCGGAUCCCCUGGAAGAAUCGAGUCCAAUUGCAGCCAUCUUUGACACCGAAAACUUGGAGAAAAUCUCCAUUACAGAAGGUAUAGAGCGGGGCAUCGUGGAUAGCAUCACUGGACAGAGGCUUCUGGAAGCUCAGGCCUGCACAGGCGGCAUCAUCCACCCUACUACUGGUCAGAAGCUGUCACUUCAGGAUGCAGUCUCCCAGGGGGUCAUUGACCAAGAUAUGGCCACCAGGCUGAAGCCUGCUCAGAAAGCCUUCAUUGGCUUCGAAGGCGUAAAGGGAAAGAAGAAGAUGUCAGCUGCAGAGGCAGUGAAAGAAAAAUGGCUCCCCUAUGAGGCAGGUCAACGCUUCCUGGAGUUCCAGUACCUCACGGGAGGCCUUGUCGACCCAGAAGCCCAUGGGAGGAUAAGCAUGGAAGAAGCCAUCAGAAAGGGGUUCAUUGAUGGCCGAGGGGCUCAGAGGCUGCAAGACACCAGCAGCUAUGCCAAAAUCCUAACCUGCCCCAAAACCAAAUUAAAAAUAUCCUAUAAGGAUGCCGUGAAUCGCUCCAUGGUGGAAGAUAUCACUGGCUUACGCCUCCUGGAAGCCGCCUCUGUGUCAUCCAAGGGCUUACCUAGCCCUUACAACAUGUCUUCGGCUCCAGGCUCCCGCUCUGGCUCCCGCUCUGGCUCUCGCUCUGGCUCUCGCUCUGGUUCACGCAGUGGGUCCCGGAGAGGAAGCUUUGAUGCCACGGGGAAUUCUUCUUACUCUUACUCGUAUACAUUUAGCAGCAGCUCCAUUGGGCACUAGUAGUCAGUUAGAGAUUGUCGCUAUCCCUUGGCUUUAUUAAUAUGAAUUCCCACUCUUUGAUAAUAAAAAAGAAAGCCUUGUGCUUGUAGUAUACGGAUAGAAUUUUCUGUGCUUAAAAAAACAAAAACCAAAAAACAAACAAAAAAAAGGUAGCCUUGGUCAAAAUCAAAUAGUAAAAGCUGUUUUUGGCUUUUUAUCUUCUUAGCUCAUUUUAACUAAA